AUGGAUUCAGAUCAGGGAAAGCUAUUUAUUGGAGGGAUUUCAUGGGAGACAUCAGAGGAGAAGCUCAGAGACUACUUCAUCCCAUACGGCGACGUUUUGCAGACUGUCGUUAUGAAAGAUAAGACCACUGGUAGACCUAGAGGCUUUGGCUUUGUCGUUUUUGCAGAUCCUUCUGUUCUCGAUAGGGUUCUUCAAGAUAAGCAUACUAUUGAUGGUAGAACGGUGGAGGCAAAGAGAGCCUUAUCGAGAGAGGAGCAGCAAACCAAUGCCAGGGCUGGAAACCUGAAUCCUGCUCGAAACACCAGCGGUGGUGGAAAUAUCCGCACCAAGAAGAUAUUUGUUGGAGGAUUGCCUCCCACCCUAACUGAAGAUGGAUUUCGUCAGUAUUUUGAAGCUUUUGGCCUUGUUACUGAUGUAGUAAUAAUGUAUGACCAGAGUACUCAGCGACCUCGUGGAUUUGGCUUCAUUUCCUUUGACACUGAAGAUGCAGUUGACCGGGUGUUACAGAGAACGUUCCAUGAUUUGAAUGGUAAGCAAGUUGAGGUAAAACGGGCUCUUCCUAAAGAGGCCAAUCCUGGCGGGGGUGGCCGCUCUAUGGGUGGCAGUUACGGGAGCUAUGGUGCUUCUGGUGGCAACUCAAACUCAUAUGAUGGUCGAGCGGAUAGGUAUAUUCAGCCUCAAGGCACUGGAGGUGCUUUUCCUCCUUAUGGCUCAUCUGGCUAUAGCACAGCUGGAUAUGGAUAUGUUCCUGCCAAUAAUGGUGUUGGUUAUGGUGGUUAUAGCAGUUAUACUGGAGCUGGUGCUGGUUAUGGGGGACCUACAGGUGCAGCCUAUGGGAACCCUAAUGUUCCAAAUCCUGGAUAUGCAAGUGGCCCACCUGGUGCACCCAGAAGUUCAUGGAAUAGUCAAGGUUCAUCUGGCUAUGGUGCUAUGGGUUAUGGGAGUGCUGCUUCUUGGGGUGCUCCAACUGCUGGUGCUGCCAGUGUAGGCCCUGGUUCAGCACCUGCCGGUCAAUCUCCUGGUGGAGCUGCUGGAUAUGGGAAUCAAGGUUAUGGGUAUGGUAGUUACAGUGGAAAUGAUGGAUCUUAUGGGAAUCCAGCUGGGUAUGGUGCUGUUGGAGGACGUUCUGGGGGCACUCCAAACAGUAGUGCUGGUGGUCAUGGUGGGGCAGAACUACAGGUGAGUGGGGGCGGCUACAUGGGGAGCGGAUAUGGUGAUUCAAAUGGAAGUUCUGGGUAUGGAAAUGCAGCAUGGAGAUCCGAGCAAUCACAAGCUUCCGGGAAUUACGGGGCCCCUCAAGCAAAUGGUCCUCAUGGUGGACAGGUUGGAUAUGGUGGUGGUUAUGGUGGUUCUCAGGGCCGACAAGCCCAGCAACAGUGA